AUGAACUGGACUGGAGGUCGUCUCCAUCGAUCUUCAUACAAGACGAAGUCAUCAUCUAAAAACGUUGGGAGACAACGUGUUGCUCAAGCUAAAAUACGAAUGGUAGAUAGGCCGCGAGAUAUUCUGUCAUUCAAGGCUGCUACUGGAGCAACGGAUAAGGAAGGCUGCUAUGAUGGACAAGCUGGCACCACCCAAGCAGUUGACGACCUUGGAGCAAGCUUUCAGAAAACAAAACAGCCAGCAUAUUCAAAUACUGAAGAUCUCCAAUCAAAAAACCAUUGUCACUCUCAGAUAACCAAGUCGAAUUUGAUAGAUUCCCCUGCGGUUAGAAUUGAAGAGAUGAGAAAGAAGCUACUUGAUAAAAAAGACUGGGCAGGUCUUAGCCUAUCACGAUCACAUAGGUCACAUACACCAUGUGGCCAAGAUAAAGGGACACUUGGAAGAAGGGAGUCGUUGUCUUAUGAAAGAUGCCCCAGCCGGUAUUUCCCUCACCGAGGACCCCCUUCUCUCCCGAUUAAACGCCGAAAUAUUGCACAACCACACUUAUACCCUGAAAAUCAUCUAAGUUCUGAUGAUAUUAGUGUAUGGAUUGAGCAACAACAAGAAGAGCCUCAGUAUGAGGCUCUCUACAAUGAAAUGUACAUGGAAGCCCAGGAAUCAGUGGGGCCGAUAUUGUCUAAUAACAAUAAAAGCAGAGAUAGGUCUAUUAGAUCUACAAAGCGCAAUGCGCGCUCUCUAUGUCAGUCAGGCAUGAAGACACCGCGGUAUGCUGCUUGUAGUAAUCGUGUCGACCACGAGCAAUACCAAUUACAAUUGAGUAAACGGCUAGAUACCUCACCAAGCUCUGAUCUAUCAAACCUUCCCGUUCUAGAUCGCCGUGGCUCGUUUGCUACAAUCGAUGGCCAGACAAGAUAUGUGCCACCGUCGUCUUAUAAACCCAGCAGUUUGAGUUCUCCAGAAGAAGAUAGUAGGAUGAAGUCACCAAAGAAUGCAGAUGAAUACUGGUCUCGGAGAAGAGCCAUGUUAUACCAUAGUCAGGGAUACCAAGCGCAAGAUAUAUCUCCGCGAAACUCUAAGUGGAGGGAAGUAGCAGGCAACCUGAACGGAUGCUCUUUAGAAUAUUCGUGGGGUGACAACACUGCCAUGAUACGGCAGAGAGAGGUAACUGGCGGUGUGAAACAAUCUAAAAUAGGAGGAUUUUCAACAUCCUGUUCUGACGAAGCCACUUUUUGGCGUAACACUAUCCCAUCGCCCUUUAGAAGUGAUCCCAGUUACCGCUCUUAUCACCCAAUAUCCUCCCCACAGUCGAACAAAAAGCAACAUUCCGUUAACCGAUACGUGUAUCGGCUCCGCAAUUUCGGCAUCAAGCGCCGACGGCCCGGCUGUGGACCGGAUCCCUGCCCGGAGCUCACUCAGAUGGAUGAGGUAGGUACUGGAGGUAGCCUGGGGCUUAGUAACUCCCUCGAAAGAUCUUCGAUAUCAUGGUUGUUUAAGAAAAGUUCCAACACUACGGCUGAACCGAUGAGCGGCAUGAUUAUAUCUGUUGUUUCCUCCCUCUCCAUCCUCGCCUCCGUCGUCCUCUCAUCCCCUGCUCGGCCUGCCACCGGCACCUUACCUCUUGUGAUAUGGCAUGGCCUGGGAGACAGCUAUGCAAAUGACGGGAUGAAAAGUAUCGCGCGACUUGCAGAAACAACAAACCCAGGCACGCACGUCCACCUCAUUCGAUUCGGCGCGACUGGGACCGAGGACCGAGAUGCCACAUUUUUUGGCAACGUUACUGCCCAGGUCGACGAGGUUUGCCAGACGCUGGCAUCGGAUCCCGUAAUAAGCAACGCGCCAGGUAUAAAUGCGCUUGGUUUCUCGCAAGGCGGUCAGUUCCUGAGAGCAUACACCCAGCGUUGCAACAAACCUCCGGUCCACAACUUGGUCACGUUUGGCAGCCAGCAUAAUGGGAUCGCGAGCUUUACAGCAUGCAAGGAUUCUGGUGACUGGCUAUGCUGGAGUUUCAAUGCCCUACUGCGAUUCGGAACAUGGUCUAGCAUUGCUCAGUCUGGGCUGGUUCCAGCGCAGUAUUUCAGAGAUCCAGAGGAGCUGGAAAACUACCUGAAGUACAGCAAUUUUCUCGCUGAUAUCAACAAUGAGAGGGCAGUAAAGAAUACGAAGUACAGGGAGAAUCUGAUGAAAUUGAACAAGUUUGUGAUGUACAUGUUCAAGGAUGACACUACUGUUAUCCCGAAAGAGAGCGCUUUUUUCACAGAGGUUAACGCCACGUCAGGAGAACAUACGAAGCUGCAAGAUCGGCCAAUGUAUAAAGAGGACUGGCUUGGGCUGAAGGUAUUGGAUGAGCAGUCUCGCUUAGAGUUCCUAACGAUACCUGGCCGCCAUAUGCAAUUGAGUGAGGCUCUGUUGGUGCAGAGCUUCCACCGUUACUUUGGUCCUGUAGAGAAGUCAGUGGCAAAAUAUGCCGGAACCCCAGAUUUCAGAGUCCAGGAAUAG